AUGGAUUAUUUAGAUAAUAAAAAAAGUGUUAAGAUAGUAAACAAUAACAAUGAUAGUCUAAAAAUAUCGGAAAAGCUUUAUAAAAAAAAUUAUGUAAAGAAUAAAAAAAGUGAUGAAGUUAAAAUCGGUUCUGAAUUAUCAUCACACAAUGACAUAUUACAAUUGCCUAGUAUAUUAAAUAAUCAAAUAAAAAUAAUAAAAACAAAUGAAAGCUGUUUUAAAGAUUAUAUUGUUUUAAAUAAUCUAGGAAAAGGAACAUAUGCAGAAGUAUGGAAAGUUAAACAUAAAGUAACAAAUGAAAUAUUUGCAGCCAAGUUAUUACAACCAAAUCAAUUUCCUAAAGAGUCCUUCAACAGAAUUGUUGAAAUGUUUACUAAAGAAAUAAUUAAUUUAUCUAUAUGUCAAUGUCCUGGUGUAAUUAAAUUACAUAAAGUUAUAGGAGGUAAAGAAGGAUGGAUACUUAUACAAGAUUAUGCUAACGAUGGUACAUUAUGGAAAGAAAAUUUAUCAAGUAAUAUGAGCGAAGCAUUUUUAUAUUUUAUUCAAUUAUUACAAGGUAUGUGGUAUAUACAAGAUAUGAAUAUUGUACAUAGAGAUCUAAAACCAACUAACAUCUUAAGAUAUAGUAAUAAAAAAAUUGUAAUAGCUGAUUUUGGUUGGUCUGAACAUAUUGAUUCAUGUAAUUUACAUCCAAAUGAAUGGCCAGGAACAUUAGAAAUAAAUCCUCCUGAAGUUUUAAGAAAUACUGGACCUAUGACAGAAAAAAUUGAUAAUUAUGCACUUGGAAUGAAUAUGAUUUUAUUUAUAUCUGGUAGAUUUGUUUGUAGACAAAAAGGAGUAGAAUGUUCUAAGGUUGCACAAAUUAUUUUAAAAACAGUUCAUAAUUUACGAUAUUCUAAACCACCUAGCAGAUUUAGAGAAAAUUUAAAAGCAUGGGAUCUAUUUGUUAAAUUAACAUCAUCAAACCCCAAUGAAAGAUUAAGUUUACAAAAUGUUUUAGAUCAUCCAUGGGUUACUGAAAUGUUAAAUAAUUUUAGUUUGCAAAACUCCAAAUUUUUAUGGCAUGAAAAAAUAAAAACACGAUGGAUUUAUCUUUUAUCAAAUAAUUGGAAUUUUUUUAAAAAUAUCUCAUCUAUUUCAAAUAGUAAAAUAAAUAAAACAAAUGAUUCAAAAAAAGAUACUAACGAAUGUGUUGUUAAAUCACUUUCUACAUCUAAAACAACUGUUAUUACAGAUAUAGAUACACAAAAAACGGGAAGUGAUAAAAAAAAUGCAAGUACAAUUAUAAGUGAAAAUACUACCAGCUCAGGAAAAGAAAAAUAUUCUAAUUCUGCUCUCAAAAAAGAUUAUGAAAUUUUAUAUUACAUAAUGAAAAAUAAUUUUAAAAAUAAAGUUAACUGUUGUUCUGUAAAACGAACUGAUUCUAUUACUAGUAAAAAUGCUGAAAAUAAAUCUGAAAAAAAAAAAAAAAAUACAACAAAAAUGGAUAUAAUUAAUACUACCAAACAAGAUGAAAACGGUAAGCAAAACUAUGAUUCUUCAGAAGAUGAAAGUGAAGAUGAAGAUACUACACCAACUCAUGACGAGAUAAAAAAAAAAAAAAAAGAAACACUUACAAAUAAUCAUAAUGAUGAAAAUGUUAAUAAGAACUUAUUAAAAAAGAAAAAGCCUGAACAAACCAUAAAAAAUACAAAUUCGUCUGUCUAUAUAAAUGAUGAAGAUAACUUAAGUAAAGAUAAUGAUAGCAUAAGUAGUACCGGAAAAACUGCCACUACUACCACUACCAUUACAGCUAAUAAUAAUAACUGUGUUAGAAGAAAAAAAAAAAAUGAAGAAGAUACACAUGCCACCACAAAUCAAGGAAACAUCACUAAUGACGACCAAAAAAAUGAGGAUUAUAAUAAUAUUUUACAAAAAAAAAAAACAUACAAAUAUGAUAAAAUUGUUUUAAAUAAUGAAAUUAAACAACGUGAUUAUAAAAAUUUAUUUCAAUUAAAAAGUGAAUCAAAAAAAGGAAAUCCUAAAAUUAGUGAUCAAGAUGAAAAUGAAAAAAAAAUAAUAAAAGACACUAAUAAUGUAAAAUAUAACUAUUGUAGUAGUAAUGAAAAAAUAAAUUUUUUGACAAAUAAAAGUAAAAUUCAUGAUUUAAAAAAUAAUGAAAAUAUUAAUAAUAUAAUAAAAAACAAUUCAGGUUCCCUAAAUUAUAAUAAUAAAACUAGUAACACAACUAGCCAUGUUAAUAAAAAUGGAAAAAGUGAAAAUACGUCUACUAAUAAAAUAUAUUCAGAUAAUUACCCAAAUUUUAAUGAUACAAAAAUUCCUGAACUAUUUAAUGCAGAUAAAAAAAAUGAAACUAAUAAAGUAAAAGAAAAUAAUUCCAAUAAUUUUAAUUGCACUUUUCAAAAAUACAAAGAAUCCAAAAAUACCAACUUCCCUAAAUAUUUUAUAAAUGAAGAAGUAUUAGAUAAAAUUAAUAAAAUUAGUAAAAUUAAUAAGUUAAAUAAUGCAACAAAAGUUAGUAUAAUAAAUAAAGGAAAUAAAUUUACAGAUGAAAGUAAUGACUUAACAUCAGAUCAAGAAAUGGCUGUGAAUAAUACACAUGCACAUGCACAUAAAACUCCUAACUUAGACAAUAUACAAAAGGUUAAUAAAUUAAAACACAAAAAAGAUAUAUUUACAAAAUAUUGUGUAAAACAAGUAGAUUUACAAAAUCAAUCCCAUAAAGAAGACAACGAAAAUGAUCAAAGCCAUGUCAAACUAUGCACUAACAAUUAUAAUCACUCAGGAAAAACAAUUAAAUAUAUUUAA